AUGGGUAUUCAUAACACUUUAUGCUAUAAUGUUUCAAAUUGCCGAGUGACUGCGCCAUUCUCAUGCACUGUCCAACUGCACCCGAGGAUGGCAAUUCCAUUCCCAGCAUAUCUGCCAAGCCACUGUGGCAGAGAUAUUGACUCUCGUAAUAGUGGAAUGUCUAGUGCUUACCUUGUUAUCCCUGCUAUUGAAUGGAACUCCGGAACGCUGGAUCUGCCUGAGCAGCGAUCGGCAAAAAUCUUCUUGAGCCUACCAGAAAGAUGCCAAAAGGAGCCUGGCACGGUCUGUCUGCCUGGCCGGACCCCGAUCCAUGCCCAGUCAACCCGACAAUCAACGGAACUCAGGGGACCUCUCGAGGGGUUCAGCCCUACUAGGCCCAUUGUUCACCCACUUGACUUGCAACUCAUUAGCAAUGAUCUUUGGAUUUUGCCAGUGGUCUCAUGUACCCCUUAUUUCCUGGCCCCGAUUAGCGGUGUCCGGCUUGAUCCUAAACUGGGAUCCACGUAUGCACCGGGGCCAAACGUUCCUCCUAGUCGCUGA